AUGGAAGCUGCCAAGAAGGUGGGGGGCCCUGAUCCAUCAGGCUCCCAGGGCCACCCCUUGCCCAGCAGUCAGCAGCUGAGUGGUGGCCUCAGAGGAUCCCAGGGACCAUGGAUGAACUCAAGAUCCCUAUACUUGAAGAAGGGGUUGUCAUUGUCUACCGGAGCCAUCACAGAUGUGGCCUGUGGCCCAACCUCCCAGGCCUCCACUCCUAAGCCCAUUCACCAACUACUCCAGGAUCCUGCUCAGGCCAGCAACAAGUGUAACUAUUCCCAGGCUUCCCAAGAUACCCCAAGACUCUCUUCUUCUAGCCCAUUUCCCAGCCCCAUUGUGGGAACCCAGCAGCGUCACCUCACAGAUGUUGGGACUCAGACUCUACCAGCGUUUGUGCACAAUGACAGCACCAAUGACAAAGCCCAGUAUGGACUAGGCCUCUCUCAGCUUCAGUUACAGAUUGGGAGGGAAAGCAAGGCUCCAGCUAAAGUCCUUGUAGGCUGGGGCAAAGGUACCUGUAACAUUAACCAGAUGGCCCCUAUGGGCCCCAGGAAGAGUCGGUGGCUACCCUACUUCUUCUCAGAAGAGAGUGGUGCAGUUGAAGGUCAAGAUCCUCUUCUGGCCUUGGCUCAGACUCCAGUCCAAGAUCAGGAGCAGGGCAAGUAUCCUGGUCUGAGUCAGGCUCCUGGCCUAACUAAAGUUUCUUCACUGACAUUGCCUCUUUCAACCCCAGUUCAGGCAUCUACUCCAGCUCUCAGGGCAACCCCAACACCUGCUGCAGUUAAACUUUGUGCCUGUAGUCCUGAUCAGGUGGCUUAUACCACCACUGCAACCACCAAAGGCCUAUCUCAAGAUCUUCCCUUCAAAAGUGGUGUCAACCAACUGUCCACUCUUUUACAGUCUUCUAAAAAGGACAAAGUAGAUUUUUCUGUUAAGAAGGAGCCUCCUACUCCAUCAGCUACUCCAGAAGAGUUUCCAGCCCACACCCAGGAACACGAGGUUGCCAAAAGACAGGUACCACCCAAGCAAUCUGAAAGCCCCACAAAGACUCUUCUGGUCCAUAUUGCCAGAUCAGAUAUCCCAACACCAAGUCUAGAGUCUCCAGCUCCCCUCAAGAUACAGCAAAGAAACCAGAAGAUCUGCAGCUCUCUGCCAGACAAGCAGUCCCUCAAUUCCUACAACUGUUCUAAUGUGCCACUGUCUGCCAGUCAAAUAACCUACAACAAGCAGUCCCUAUCCCACACUCCCAUAGAAGCCAUGCAGAUCCCCACUUUCAGUGUCCCAACCUGCCAGUUCCAGGAUGCUGUGGAAGAUCAUGUACUGGUAUUUGAUAUGGCCACAGGCAACACCAGGAUGGGGCUCCUGUGCCAUGAUCCUAUGGGUUCACGGGCAGUACUUAUGGGCCUAAUGCCCAGCCAUCCAGCCACCCAUGUCUCUGAGAAUAUGCUGUCUGCUUGGUCAUUACCCAGACCAAUCUUCUCUCCUAGCAGUGAUCACCCCAGCAUGUGGUCUACUAUGGCUGUGAUGUCCAGCCCUGUGCCCUCCAGCCUCUCAUCUGGCAGCUACAGAGAGGUAGCCCUGGUUUCCAAGGAGGCCAGACACAAUCUAGAGUCACAGAACUUCCCUGGUACCGAGAUGCCUAUCAGGGUUGGGAUGCUUGGUAGGUCUCCUGCACCGGGGACAUCCAUCCAAUUUGGUGAAAAGAUAUUGACCCAGGUUCCUAAUCCCAGUUGGUCCAAACCUGAUGCUGAAAAGAAUGACCUUGGCCACACCAUUUGGAUGCUAGAGUCCUCCAGAACAUCAGACACUUCCACAGACCAGCUUAAGAAACUGCAGUGGAUGAAGUCAGAUCCUGCUUCAACAUCCAAUAACCAGGUAAAGCCCAGAUCUCUUCUCCAGGAAGAAGAAAACAGACAUAAUCAGAAAGAGAUCAUUAGUGCUCAGCCUAAUAACCCUCAGACUGAAGAUACAGGACAAAUCUUCCUCACUAGUCAGACCUUCCUCAAUGGACAGAACCUCCUUGCUAGACAGUUACCUAUAGCUGAGCAGAGCCCCCUAUCUGGUCAACUACCUUCUAAACAGUUCCCUCUUACUAAUCCAUCUCCUCUCAAUGUACAGACUCCCCUUUCCAGGCAGGUAUCCCUCACCAUGAAGCCGCCUAUCACCAAAGAGCCCACCCUCACCUCUAGAGAGUCUUUCCAGGCCUCCACCCAGAAGAGUGAGCCCUUGGGCAAUCCUACCCAUGUGGGAAUACUUAGAGUGCCCCUGGCCCCUGAGGAGGCCUGUAUUUAUGUAAAUAGAGACAAGGUUGGCCUUAGUAGUGCUCAAAGAUCCAGCACGCAUCGGCUCCCAUCUUGGCAACCUGGCAACAGAGUACACCAGCAGCAACUUUCUUUGAUCACAUUUACUGGUUAUAACAACUUGCCUAUAUCCAUGGUGGGCACUGAGCCCCAGAGUGGGCAUCAGUUCAAGUUGACAGCUGAGGACAUAACAUGCUCAUCAGUGGUUGCACACCUGGGUCUUCUCCGUGGGAAUUGCUAUGAGCUGGUAUCUACCAUGGAUGCUUUACCAGCACAGUCACCAGUGCUCUGCCACCACUCAUCAGGUACCUACCAGAGCAUGUCUGCCAUAGUGAUUGAUACGGGCACAGGAUUUACCAAAUGUGGACUGGCUGGAGAGGACCAUGUCCUCAGUGUGGUACCCUCUCAAGUUCAGAUGCUGCAGCACCCAGCCCAGGGCCAGUCCCAGUACGUGGUACCGGAACACCGAGAGGGCUCUUACUCUGUACUGAACCGAGGUGUGGUUUCUGACUGGGAUGCUCUAGAGGUGCUGUGGCAGCACCUAUUCUAUUGCAAGCUGAGGGUGCAGCCUGAGGAGAUAGCUGUGCUUGUGGCUGACUCCCCCAUUUCACCAUGUACUAACCGAGAAAAGGUAGCCGAAAUACUCUUUGAGCGUUUCCAUGUGCCAGCCAUGCAGACAGUACAUCAGGCUCUGCUGACACUCUAUGCUUACGGACGUACCACUGGGUUGGUGGUGGGAAGUGGCUAUGGAACCUCCUAUGUGGCGCCCAUCCUUACUGGGGACCUGGCCCCACUUGAUACCUACCGGCUGGAUGUGGCAGGUGCUGAUCUCACUGAAUACCUGACUCAGCUCCUUCAGACAGGUGGCCACUCACCACCGAAAGCAGGGCUUGUCAGACAGAUUAAAGAGGCCUGCUGUUAUAUGGCUAUGGACAUAGCAGCUGAGAUGACCCGCAACCAGUCCCAAACCCAAGUGGACUUUAUGCUCCCUGAUAAGCAGGUUAUCACACUGGGCUCUGAGCGCUUCUGCUGCCCUGAGGCUCUCUUCAAACCUAGUCUGCUAGGUCUCAACCAGCCAGGCCUCUCACAGCUUGCCCUGCUAAGUAUCAGCCGGCUGGAGGCAAAACAGCAGGAGCAGCUGCUGGCCAAUGUGGUGCUGGAAGGUGGUAGCACCCUGGUGAGUGGUUUCCCUGAGCGCUUGAGACAGGAGCUGGGCCCUGGUGCCACUGUGCUGGGUUCUCCUCACCGUGCAGUUGCUGCUUGGCUUGGGGGUUCCAUCAUGGUAUGCCGAGACUCCUUCCAGAGCCUGUGGCUUAGCCGCCAUGAAUAUGAGGAGGAGGGCCCACGGGCUAUCUACAAGUACCAGCUGUGA